CAGAGCUAGUAACCCUCUUGAAAUUAAAGGUCAAGGGAAGCAUAGCAAUAGCUUUAAGCAAAGCACUUCAUUUUCAGCAAUGGCUUCCUCAGUGAUGUCCUCUGUAGCUGUUGCCACCGGCGCCAAUGCUGCUCAAGCCAGCAUGGUUGCACCUUUCACUGGCCUCAAAUCCACCGCCUCCUUCCCAGUUUCAAGAAAGUCUAACCUUGACAUUACCUCUAUUGCUAGCAAUGGUGGAAGAGUCCAAUGCAUGCAGGUGUGGCCACCAAUUAACAUGAAGAAGUACGAGACUCUCUCAUACCUUCCUGACUUGUCCGACGAGCAAUUGCUCAAGGAAAUUGAGUACCUUUUGAAAAAUGGAUGGGUUCCUUGCUUGGAAUUCGAGACUGAGCAUGGAUUCGUUUACCGUGAGAACAACAAGUCACCAGGUUACUACGAUGGCAGAUACUGGACAAUGUGGAAGUUGCCCAUGUUCGGGUGCACUGAUGCUACCCAGGUCUUGGCUGAGGUCGGAGAGGCCAAGAAGGCAUACCCACAAGCCUGGAUCCGUAUCAUCGGAUUCGACAACGUUCGUCAAGUGCAGUGCAUCAGUUUCAUCGCCUACAAGCCCGAAGGCUACUAAAAUCUCUACUUAUAAUGUAUAACUCAACUUAUGUAUUUAGGGGAAACUUGUAUGAAUCCUCCUUAGGUUUUUCCCUGGAAAAACUGUUCGCAUUUUUCAUUUUCAUUUCUUUUGCUUCUUUCUUUCUAUUCAGUGUAUGUUUUGGGUCGGAUUCCAAUGGAGUUUAUGAGAACUAAUAAUACUUAUUUGUUUCUUUA